ACCACAUCGUUUGGGAGAAAACUUGGUGCGGGUGUGUGCAACAACGCAAUGGGCCUCUCAUAGCCAUCCGAUCGGACAGCCCGAUUGGUUAACCUGCAGACGCCCUCUCCCUCCUACAUGGAUCCCAGUGGCAGCGAGCUGGACUCCAGUCUCCCGCAGCCUGAGACCCCGUGCCUGAUUGUGGAGGACUCGCAGCCCGACAGCAUCGCGCUGGAAGACGACCCCGAGAGCAGCUACCGCGCCCUGCUAACCAAACGCCUGUCCAACCUGCAGCCACACUCCCCCAGCCCCGUCCUGGAAGUGAUUUCUUCUCCUCCACGAGAGAGACUUUCACAGAAGGAGAGCCAAAACGGUGGGAACCACAACAAUCACUCUCACGAACCAGUCCAGAGCUUGGAGGCACUAGAAAACAGUCCAGUGUUGGACGUCAUCCCUUCAGGAGACAACAAAAUGGCUGACAUGGAAGAUAUGGAAUCAGGAGCAGACUCCACAACCUGUGCUCAGCCUGAAGCUGAGGGUAUGUCUCAGUUUGGGAUGCUGGAGCUGUCUGAGAGCCAGGGCUUCCAUGAUGAGCCACACAAAAGCGAGGACGUGAAAAAAACUGUAGGACGGAACACUCAAAGCCAAGACUUUAGAAGGUCUGAGGUGAGCUCUAGCAGUAAGGACAGCCAGAGGUUGAGCAUCCAGGCCCUGCUGCACUCGCAGGCAGCCGAGGAGGAGGACAUGGUGUCCUCCCAGGAAGACCUGUUCCAAGAAGAGGAGGAGGAGGAGGAGGAGGAGGAGGAGGAGGGGAGAGUUGGCACCCGUGUGGACAGCACGGUGAAUGAGUUGGGCAAGCACUCCCUCCCCACCUGCACUCCGGCCGGCAGCCUGCACCUGCUCCACCUGUCUGGCCAGGGCACUCUGGUCCAGGAGAGCCUCUCACAACAGUCUGUGGAUUACGUGGCUGCCACACAGGAGAGGAUGAGCCAAACUCCCCUCAUUGUCCCCAACUCUCCUACCGGAGAUGAGCCAAUGGACAUCUCCAGAGCAGGAGGGAGCCAAUCACAGAGAGGGGAUGGGAGGCCCAAAGGCAGCAGCCCGCUGCACAAGCCACGCCCCACCUCCACCCCAGUAUCCCAGAAUUCUCCUAGUUUCGUGCUGGACAAGAGUUUAUCUCUGCCCAGCCAGCCUGAGUUUUCACAUGACCCGUUCAUAGCCACACCCAGCCUCUCCCAGCCAACUGAGAGAGGCGCCGGACCUUCCUCCUCCCAAGCCCAGAGUCUCCCUCCAGCGGCUGUGAAGUCCCCCACCUCCAGAAGCAGCCUCAUGUCCUCCUCCCAGAACUCUCUCACUGCUGCUCCUGGAGCUAACAAAGAUGCAGCUUCACCCAAACACCUGUCUCCAACUGCUGCCUCCCAGUCCAAACAGCAGGGGGCUCCACCUGCCUCCUCCCCCUCCCAGGUUGGGAACUCCUUCCAGCUGGAGCUCUCCUCCACCAGCCAGCCCAGCAUCUACUUCCAGAAGACCCAGAGCUUCCUGAUGGAGGAGGACGAAGACAGCCAGGCCACCCAGAUCGAGAACGUAGGGGGUGGAGAAGCAGCGGGGACUGAUGUCAGCGAUGGCGGUCCGGUCCGUGUGCCUGUUGCUGCCUCCACUGCUGCUGCUAGUAGUCAGUCAAACGUUUCUGGUGGUGGUCCAUCGCCUUCUGCCAAUAGAGGUGGAAGGAUCCUCCACAGCUCCCAGCCUGGUCCCACACAGCCCACCUCCCAGAACGUGAAUGUAGGUCGUUCCCUGAGUCAGGGCUCGCCACAAGUCCCCAGUGCCAAACCCCUGGUGGUGGGGGGGAGCCGUGCGGAGAACGUGGCAGUCGUCUGCUCCCCACAACGCCAGAGUGUGCCUGUAGUGGUGCCUUCCAGCCUGCCUUCUCAGUCACUCUCCCAGUCUAUGCUGUCUGCCCACUCCUCAGCACGGUAUGCUCCUGCUAGCCAAAUAUCCAUGUCUCAAGCUGCCAACAGCCAGCCUCUGGCUCUGUCACAGAGCCAGCAGACUCAGCGGAGUCAGCCUCUGUCCCAAAGGUCCCUAGGUGUUGCUCCUCUAAGCCAAGGCAGGGCGAGCCAAGGCAGCCUACUGGUGGUAGAGGAGACCCAAAAGUCCCAGAAAGGUGAAAGCCUGGUGGAGAGCAGCAGCAAGGGCUUGGGAGGAUCAUCCGGACUCCGCCUGGCUCUCUCGCAGUCAGCCUCCCAGAGUCAGAAGUUUGACACCGCAGAGCCUAUGGAGCAGGAGGAGGACCUUGACCAGGUGGAGACCCAGCUCCUGGUGCCCGGGUCUCAGCACACCACCCGUGGGGUGGCAAGCAGCCCUGCUGGACCCCUCAGCCCCCAGAGGAGCCAGAGCCAGAGGGAGAGCCAGCAGAAGCUACAGCUACAGCAGAGGGAGAAGGGCGUAUCUGCAUCGCAGCCCUCCCCAGGCCUCAGCAGCCCAGAGAGGAGGAGGGAGAUGAUGAUGAUGGAGAAGAGCCUGUCUCCAGGGAAGGGGUCUCUCUCUCAGCCGGAGAGGGGCUCCAAGGCAGACCCAGGAGCACGUCGAUCGCAGUCCCAGGGCCUGAGUGACAGCUCUGGAGAUAUUCCUUUCCACUUCACGCUGCCAAAAGAGGGUGAGCUCAUCAGGCCAGUUGUCACGGCAACGCCCCCGCUCAUCUCCCAGCUGAAGAAGACGCCCAGGCACAGCACUCCUAUUGAGAUGACUUCGUUUUCCGGGGUGUCGGAAGGGGACUUGACCAGAGGGACCACGCUGGCCGACAGUGACAUCGUGGCGGAGGAGAGCAUGGAGGAGGUGGCGGUGGCGGCCUCUGCCCCUGCGGGAGCUGCUACCGCAUCAUCCGCUGCUACCGCUACCGCUGAGGCCUCUGGGAAACUGAGUCUGCGCAUGAAGCUGGUGACCCCGGUGGAGGAGGCCAGCUCCGGGUCGGAGCACUUCAGUCUGCAGAAACCACCAUUAUCUGACGAUGAUGGCCCUGUUGGCAAGGCUACCGCUGUUGCCAAGGCAGUAUCUAGUCCGUCGGUGUUCAGUCGUGUGCGUGAGGCCCAUCGUCAGGAGCCAGUGGAGGAGGAGGUGGGCCAGCCCAGCGCCCCCUCUGCUGCUCUCAGUGUCGGUCUGCUUAACUCUCCAUCGAGGCUGGGCGGAGCCUCCCAGGACUCAGACGGCAGCCCCUGCCCGCUGAUGACCAGCACCCAGUCCAGCACCCAAAACACCCACCUGUCCCAGACCCUCUCCCCCACCUCACAGGGGGGCCCUCUGGGUAAAGGAACCCCCAGGAAGCACUCCCAGCAAGCUAACGGUACCGCCACCUCCUCCUACGCUCAAAGCGCGAGUCAGCAGGCCACUGAUGUGUCAUCAAAGGGAGGCACCCCUGGUCCGUCAUCACGCGAGGGUGGGGCAGAGGCGACCCUGCCCAGGACCCCCGCUAGGCAGCGGGCUGUCUCGCAGCAGACCAGCCUUGAUGUGCCGGUCUCCACCAGCAGCACACCCAGCAAGAGGGCUGUCUCUCAACAGACUAGCUUCGAUGGAGUUCAGAACGCAUCUGGCAGGGGGGAGCCAGAGCUGUCUCCUCGGCCUCCUCCAGGUGUUCGUAUGCGUCGGCACGUGCGUACCAUCCAGGAGGUCCGGACCACAGUCACCCGCAUCAUCACAGACGUCUACUACGAAGACGGACGCGAAGUGGACCGCAAGGUCACCGAGGAGUCAGAGGAGCCCGUGGUGGACUGUCGCGUGCUGGACAGUGACCUCUCCCCGUCGCGUACGGGCAGCUCCAUGACGUCCGGGGACCUGGCUGACGUCAGCUCCCUCUCCUCCAAGGCCUCCAGCCUGGGCCACAGCAGCUCGGGCACCGUUGCCGGCACCUCCGGCCCGGGCAGACACCCGGACUUCCUCAAGCCCACUGGACGUGGCGCCGCCAAGGCUGGCAGGAGGGGGCGUAAGCAACCUCAGUCUCCGGUCUCCGAGCGCUCCAAAGUGCAGGCCGCACUCCCUCUGACUCCCGUCACACCUCGCGGUCGCCCGCGCCGAGGCAGACCCCCCUCACGCAGCCCACAGAGCAGAGGUGGAAGGGGUGGUGGAGCCCACGCCACUCGCCCAACUGCGGCAUCCUCCUCCCAAGAAGAAGAGGAGGAGGAGGAGGAGCGCUUCACCCGCGUCAACCCCAAGGCUGGGGCCGGGGCCACCACAUCGCCCUCCACCGGCCCCUCCACAUCCUCCCAGGCCAGGGCCCCUGGAUCUGGGUCUGCCUCGGACAGCAGCCUGGUGGGGCUGCGCGUGGUGGCCAAGUGGUCCUCCAACGGCUACUUCUACUCGGGACGCAUCACCAGCGACCUGGGCUCCGGGCGGUUCCGGCUGCUGUUUGACGACGGGUACGAGUGCGAGGUGCAGGGCCGGGACGUGCUGCUCUGCGACCCCAUACCUACGGACACCGAGGUCACCGCCAUCUCGGAUGACGAUUUCUUCUGUACUGGCGUGGUGAAGGGCCACAAGACGGUGGGUGGUGAGCUGCAGUAUUGUGUGGAGCGCGAGGGCCAGCAGCAGUGGUACAGCCGGGCCUCCGUCAUCCUCUCCAUGGAGCAGGGCAUCCUCCUCCGAGAGCAGCACGGCCUCGACCCCUACGAGCCCCUCACCCCCCUCACCAAGGCCGCCGACAUCAGCCUGGAUAAUCUGGUGGAUGGUAAGCGUCGUCGUCGUAGCAACGUGACGGCAAACAGCACGCCCACCCGGAGCUCGGCCGCCAGUAGCCCCGCGCGCACCCCAGGGCCUUCUGGGAAGAGGAAGCUGAUCAGCUCCGCAGAGGACGAGCGCCAGGAACGCACGCCCGCCAAGAGGGGACGCAAGGCCGGCCCCAACAAAGCCGGUGCACGUUCCGCAGCAUUUAACACCACCUCCGAAAGUGAUGGUGAGCUUCUGACUAGGCAUGGUGCACAGGCAGGUGCAGGCACGGGCGUGUGUAACACGUCAGGCAGUGGCACUGACCUGCCCUCUGACUCUGGAGACCUACUGAGCAGCCACGGCCCGCUGCCCACCAGCGACUCUCUCUUCAUGGGCUUUGCCUUCCUGCUCACGGCCUCCUCCUUCAACGACCGCCUCUCCAACCUGGCCACCAGUGACGAGGACGAAGACUGCCUACAGACGGCCCCCUAUAACAAGCACUACAUCACCAGUCAGCUGGAGGCCGGAGGAGGCCUGGUGCUGCCCGACUUCAACGAGGAACAGAACACCGGCCAAAUCCUACCGGUCAACAUCGCUCCACAAGGUACCAGACGUAGUGCGGAGCCAAGUCUCUUCGCGGAAGUACGUAGGAUGGUGCGCGAGGCUAAGUGCAAAGCAGCCUAUCAGAGCCUGCUAAUUGCUGACCAGCACUGUCGGACCAGGAAGUUCCUGCUGUGUGUGGCGAGUGGCGUGCCGUGUGUGUCCAACGCGUGGGUGCGGGACUGCUGUCAGGAGCAGAAGCUGCUCAACUACCGCAACUACCUUCUGCCCGCCGGGAUGGGGCCUGGACAACGCGUCAUCGAGUGGCAUCCGCGCUGCAGCCCGUUCAAGAGCCUGCGGGUCCUCCUGGUGUUUGGGGGUGCAGCAGAGCUGUGGGGGGAGCUGCUGAAGCUGAGUGGAGCAGCCAGCGUCAAGCAAGUGAAGGGAGGAGCGGAUACAGACAUUCCAGCCAACACGUAUGACGUCAUGGUAACAGAGAAGUCCUGUCCAUCAGCGGUGAUCAAGCUGGCCAGCUCCGCCUCCCUGCCUGUCGUCUCCCUCGAGUGGCUCGUCCAGAGUCUGAUCAUCGGAGAACGCCAGGACUACAAAUCUGACCCCCAGUACAGCCAUGACUACGCGCUAUGAACUAAACGGCCCCUUUCCCAAACUACACAGUUACCCACUGACAACUGAACCCAUCCAUGAAGUUUUCACCUGUGUUUGCCAUCAGCUGCUCUUUUUGAAUGUGUAAUACAGCUCUGACCUAGGAUCAGUUCUUGUAUGUCCAUCUGUAGUAUGUCAUGAAGUGUGGAGACAUGCAGUCCUGAUCCCAGACAACAAGCUCGUGCCUCUUAUUCUGUGGAAGGCUUACAUCCAGUAUGUGAGUGUGUGCUGAGGUGUUAGUGAUGGUGCAUGUCUCAUGUACAUAGUUUUAACCCGUCUGUUUUUAUGCCGUAAUAAAUUGUGAUCCGUUUUAUUUCUUACA